AUGAUGAUCAAGCCUGAAAAUGCGGUGGCGGUUGGCGCAAAAAGCCGGCAUGGACGCAAAACUUGCCUCAUAAUAUCUUCGCGCCCAGUCAUGUUGGGCCAAAAGUUCCGCUUCCCUCGCGAAGACAAGCAAUCUGUCCGCGCUCGGUUGCCCCGGUUGCACUGCGUGGGCUCGCUCGCGGGGGCUGAAGUGACUGUUCAGCGCAACAUGCAUUUCGUUGACGAGGUAGACGAAAAGGUCGUGGAUGAAUUGCUGAAGAAAGGGACGGCAGUGUCAGAGACGAGGAGACAGAGCGAAAAGGAUGCGAGAAAAUGGGUACUCAAUCGUGACCGGAACAUGCUUAACUUGCCUGCAAUUCGUCUUGACUCGAGAAUGAUUGUGUACGAAAGAAUUUCUCCCUGA